UCUAAGAGGAAGUUUUUCGCGCCAAAUUAUCCAAAAAUUGCAUUUAUUAUAAAUACACAUUCUCACUCAACUCUCUGUGAAUUCUGACACAAACCCUUCAUUAAUUCCUUCCUUCUUUCUCCAUUAACACAAGUUUUUCCAGAAAAAGAAAAAACAAGAGAGAGAAAGUUAAGGUGCAAAAAUGGUGAUGACAUUAAGAAAACGAGUUCCUUCAAUUUCACCAAUGAGUGAAUCUGAAUCUGAAAUUGAAAUUGAAACCCCACAAAAGAAGAAGAAAACCCAAAAACCCACAAAGAGGAGAGAGAUUUCUGAUUCAGAAUCUGAAUUUGACUCAGAUUCUGAGAAGGAAAAUGAAGAUGCAGCUGAGUAUGAAAGAAUUAGGGAAGAAAGGAUUAGAGAAAAUAGAGAGAGAAUGGAGAAACUGGGUAUAUUUUCUCUCUCCUCUGGGAUUUUCAAUUCUGUAAAAAUGGGUAAAGUUCGUCGGAAAAACCCACCUCAGAAGAAGAAAAGAUAUCCGCCUCUUUAUCCUCGUCCUCGCUCUUAUGAUCCUUCUAGAAGAUCUGCAAGGUUAAAAGAUGUUUCCCAAGCUAAGUGUUUGGAGAACGAGCGAGCAUUGAUAGACAUGGGGAUUACUAUACCAGAUGCAUGGAAACAGGAGUUUUAUACCGAAGAACAUGAAAAACUUUUGGGUGAUUGUGAGGCAAAAUGGACCUUGAAUAUGGAUGGUUUUGGUGAAGAUGGCGAGCGCUUGUACAAUCCUGAUGGACAGCCUUGUCACCAAUGCAGGCAGAAAACUCUUGGGAAACUCACCUAUUGCGGCAAAUGUAGGUCUGCCCAGGGGCAUCUUUGUGGAGAUUGUUUGUACACAAGGUAUGGAGAAAAUGUUCAGGAAGCUGUCGAAAAUCCAACGUGGCUGUGUCCAGCUUGUCGAGAUAUAUGUAACUGCAGCCGCUGUCGUCGUUCAAAGGGAUGGCAACCAAUUAAUAUUCCACACUCAAAGAUUGUUGCAACGGGAUACAAAUCAGUAGCGCAUUAUCUUAUUUUAACUCGACGAGCUGGUACCACACCAAAGGAUUUGAAUGAUGAAAUCGUGACAGUUGAUUUAACAGCAGAAGAGACAAUGGCGCCACAGGAGAAUGAAGGCUCUGACUAUUCUGCUGAGUCAUCAGAGUCAGACUCUGAUGAUUCUGACAACGAGGAUGAUUCAAAAGGUCGAAAGAAUAACGAGCAGUCUAUUGAAGAGCAAGUUGGUCCAGCUGAGGUAUCGAAUGAAGUUGGUGUUGCUGCUGCUGAUGGGGUUCAAGUUCUUUCAAGCCAAUGUGGUCAAUUCUUUAAUCAGCAAGAUAUGGAGUUGAACAUAAUUGAUUGAAGCUGAUGGUAGAAUUUACUCUGCUUUACAGGAGAAGCUUUUCACUCUUUUUUGUUUAUCUGGCUAAGUAAAUACUAGGAUCAGCUGUUACCAAAAUGUGAAGAUGCUUUGUUUCCUGUUUCGCCUCUUUUUGUUAGUUCUAGUUUGUCUGGAAGUAGCAUACCUUUUGCUAUAAUGUUGCUCUUGUCUUCUGACAUAUUAGGAUUUUAGUCUGAACUUUUGGCAAUGUAUAGUUUUUGCUUAUUAUCCAUGUGGUAUUCUGAUUUGCCUUUUGGAUUCA